AGCCAUUGUGUCAGUGUUCCGAAUAAAUUAUCCUGCAACUUCAAAGCUACGCCUUAUAAAGUAUAGUAAAUAUUUGGCACAAUAGAAUACUGUUUCAUUAGUCUAUUAAUGGCAACAGUCUUAGUAAGCUCAUACAAGUAAAAUAAACGACUAAAACGAGCGUCACGCAGUCUCUGCAAGAAAAGUCAGGCUGCUAAAUCGAGCAAAGACUAAUCGCUCAUCUGCUAUUCCUCGGCCCAACUGAGAAGAGCAAACUCCGGCACGUAUGCAUCUCUACGUCGUUAAAAUUAACAGCUUUUUUUAUUUUGCCGGUAGUUACCUGAAUAUAAACGUGAGGCAGGAUUCGAGUCUGUUGUUCAUAAGCGGCAGCUAUGAACGGAAGAAAUAUACGCUAUCAGUUUAUUAGCUUGCUAGCUAGCUGUAGCUGAUUGCUAAUGUGGUGCUAACGCACUAGCAUUUGGCUUCACAGUAUUAUUUGCUGCAGUUUGUAACGUUUCUUUAAGAUAUCCAGUUACGUAAAUCAUUAUGUGUUGUGGCUAAUAUACCUGUUUACUUAGUCGGUGGACAAAUGUCGCUGAUAAAUAAGUUUAUAUGUAGUUGUGAGUGUUGACACUACACAGUGUAGCCUGGUAACUUAACGUUACUGUUUGCUACCUAUGUGUACAGUUACCCUGCUAGCCACGUAAACUGCUCCUGCUUGGUGUUGACGUAGCAACAGCCGCUUGCCUGUCCUGUCAAGCUAGUUCUAAUUUAUAUAAAUUAGGAGCACCAAGUCAUUGACAGUCUGCCCAAUAAACCAAGACACAAAGCAAGAUUCGAACUCCACCGAGGACAUGUAAAAUUGUGACUCAAAAUGCUGUAGCUGGACUUGGACGUGUGGCUCGUUGGGUUCCUGGUCCUGUUGCUUUGAGCGGAUGAUGAAGCGGGUCGUCUGGCUGAUAUCAGGAUUAAACAGAAGAAUGAUGAAGCUACUUUUUGCCCUCGCUUUGAUCGCCUACAUUGCCUCUGUCUGGGGAACAUAUACGAACAUGAGAUCAAUACAAGAACACGGAGAAAUGAAGAUUGAGCAGAGGAUUGAUGAAGCUGUGGCUCCUCUCCGAGAGAAGAUUCGUGAUCUGGAACAAAGUUUUUCUAAAAAUCCCCCCGUGAAAUUCCUGUCAGAAAGUGGGAAGAGAAUUUUGAUCACUGGUGGGGCUGGUUUUGUUGGUUCCCACCUGACUGACAAGCUGAUGAUGGAUGGCCAUGAGGUGACAGUGGUGGACAACUUCUUCACAGGAAGGAAAAGGAAUGUGGAGCACUGGAUUGGCCACGAAAACUUUGAGCUCAUCAAUCAUGAUGUGGUGGAGCCUCUCUAUAUUGAGGUGGAUCAGAUCUAUCACCUGGCAUCUCCAGCCUCCCCUCCCAACUACAUGUACAAUCCCAUCAAAACACUCAAGACCAAUACCAUUGGCACUCUUAACAUGCUCGGUUGGGCCCAAAGUGUGGGCGCCAGACUUUCCCUGGCUUCUACUUUGAGGUUAUGGAGACCCAGAGGUCCCCCACAAAAGAGGAGUACUGGGGGCACGUGAACCCCAUUGGCCUGUGCAUGCAGGGAGAGGGGAAGGGUAGCAGAGCCCCUGUGUUUUGCCUACUAAAAACAGGAAGGAGUAGAGGUGAGGGUAGCGAGAAUCUUCAACACGUUUGGCUCCCGAAUGCACAUGAACGAUGGACGCGUUGUCAGCAACUUCAUCCUGCAGGCUUUACAGGGAGAACCUCUCACUGUGUAUGGUUCUGGUUCCCAAACAAGAGCCUUUCAGUAUGUAAGCGAUCUGGUCAACGGCCUGGUGUUGUUGAUGAACAGUAACAUCAGCAGUCCAGUCAAUCUGGGUAACCCAGAGGAACACACCAUAUUGGAGUUUGCUCGUCUCAUCAAAAGUCUAGUCGUGAGCCAAAGUCAGAUCCAGUUCCUUCCAGAGGCACAGGACGACCCACAGAGGAGAAGACCUGACAUCCGAAAAGCCAAGAUGAUGCUGGGCUGGGAGCCGGUGGUGCCCCUGGAGGAAGGCUUGAACAAAACUAUCCAGUACUUCAGCAGGGAACUCGAGCACCAGGCCAACAACCAGUACAUCCCCAAACCUAAAGCCGCCCGCAUGAAGAAAGGACGACCCAGACACAACUGAGGUCGGGAUUCCCACCACAGACUCCCAAAACACCGAAGGAUUUAAGACCCCUCACAAGACCCUUGAAGAGCAACAAUUUUCUAAAGUAUAUUGUUUAAUUUUUUUUUUUCUUUUUUGAGAAGUAGAGAAAAACUUUCUCUUUAAAAACUGUUGUGUUGCCUUGCGUUGGAGCCGCACUGCGGGAUAAGGGCUUUCCACACAGGAGCUUGCGUGUUGGAUGGACAAGCUUGGAUCCAAAAACAGAUUUUUUUGUGAAUUUGUGAUUUUUGUUUUAAAUUGCAGACAUAAGAAUCUUGCAAACAUCUCGCACUGUCCAUUAGUGCUUUGUGUUUAUUUAACCAGUUUCAUGGUGUUUUGUCUGCAGAGGUGAGCUACCUGACUUUUCUCUACACUUCCACUGGAUGUUUUGUCUUAUCAGUGGCGUUCUGUUCAUGCAGCUCACUGCAGGACUGGGCAAGUCCUCUAGAAAGACUGUUACACCAUCAUAAGGUGUUCAUCAGAACAUUAUUGUGUUCCACCUUGUGAAAAAUCUCAUGUCAGGAUAUGCAUUAUCAGAUAAAGAUGCUAUUUUUUAAAAAUGUUUCCGAUAUUUUGUGUGUGUGUGUGUGUGUGUGUGUGUGUGUGUGAGAGACAGAGAGAGAGUGAGACUUAAGGAGUUGUGCGUGACACGUUUCUACAAUUGUUUAGUAGAAGUAAAAUGCAGGGGCCUUUAAUAUGAAGCUACAGUUUUAUUUACAAUAAUCAAAUGAUGAGAGAAAUCAGAUUUUAACAUAUUUCGUACAAAUCAGCUGCCUCAAAACAUUACUCAUAAAAAUGUAAAUAGCACACAUGUUGUGUUUUUGCUGUCAUUGAACAGCGCUACCGUUCUAAAACUAAUAUGUGAGGAUGGUGAGAAGUGUUUAAUGGGUUUUACUCAGUACUGGUGGUUGUAACCAAUCAAUACAAAGAAGCCAUGGCAGCUGUGGGGUAUUUGGAUAUUUGCAGGUUUAAAACCAACAGACGCAGUUAAUAGUAGUCAUAGUUGACAUUAGCGCCGUGUCUGUAAGAACCAGAGUCACGUGGGCCGAUGGGGGCGUUUUCAUCGUAGUGGUGUUGACGCCCUUGAUCAGUGGAGCGAGCAUGGUCCAUCCAGUACGACAGGUCAGUCUCCAGCCUCUAGUGAGGAAAAAACACCACAGAGGUGACUCGUUAGAAAACUCCGCCUCAACAAAUCUCUAGACACAGAGGUAGCUGAUAAGGUGUCCGCUGAGACUGUCAGCAGGCUCAGCUGUGGCGAAUAGACAUACACAUGAAAGCCAAACAUUGGAAAGGCCAAUGCUUUCCCGGCUUUGGCCUUUUGCGAAAGAAACAUUGGCACAGAUAAAAAAGGCUCCGUGAAUCGGGCUGUGUGAGAUUUACCGCUUCACUGGCUAAAACAAUGUCGGUGAGGGGGUUAUUUUGGGCACUCUGCUCUCUUAUUUCUGCUCUUGUAUCUGUUCCCUCCAUUCAUUGUUGGCCCUUUGGGAAUUCUACAUGACAGUCACUGACCCGAAAGAAACUGAAAAUGGCUCUGUGGGAUUAUAUUUGUACGUGAGAGUCAUUUAUGUAUUGCCAUGUAUUAUGUUCCACGUUUGUAGUUAUUCAUUCAGUCAUAUGGAAACAUUGUGAGGAUAACUGUGCCUUUUGAAAAGAUUCUUUUAAAAAUUAGACUACAGUUUACACCAGCUUUGUCACUCCACAUUUUUGUCAUCCACAUAUCUGAGAAGUAUAAAGAUCCCGAUUACUAAAGA